UCUAUAUUAAAAAAUUAUAAAAAUUAUAUAUUAAUAAUCUAUAUGUUAAGACGAAUCAAACAAGAUCACACAUGACUAUUUUUAGGCUUACACAUUGAGAGAAUUUGAUAAGUCAAACGCCACCUUCCUCCCUUUUUAUAACCCCCGGCCCCUUCCUCUUCCUCACAUUUAAGAACCAAAACCACCCCCACAACAGAUAUACUCCCUGCCAUUUCCCACUCUGUACCCAAACAUUCUCCCAAACCGCCAUGGAUGAUGAGUAUGGCUACUGGACGAGGAAGGGCCACAUUCCGGCGUUCGGGAGCUGGGACCUCGACGCCGACUUCCCCGUUCCUUUCACUCAGUGCUUCGAGUCCGCCACGCCCCCCGCUUUGCUCCGCUACGGCGCCUACUCCGGAGGCCGAGAUCUCUACGUCGCCAAGGAUCUCUACGGCGGCGGCCGCAUCCUCAGUCCGGCGAUGAUCGUGGUUCCCCGCCGCAAGGGGAAAGGCGAGGGAGGGAGCGAGGAAUGGAUGGUCUGCGGAUGCGAUUGCGAGUCCGGACUGAAACACCGCUCGAACGCCGCCGCGCCGCCGUCGCUGAGGCGGGCGCCGAAGGCCGUCGAUGAAGACCUCUACAAGAUUUCCCCGGACAUGCUCCGCGCUAAACCCAAGAAAGGGAAGAUGAGGGGAUUUCUGUCAGGCUGCCUGCAACUUUCUUGUGUAUGUUGAGAGGGGACUUGAAGAUGGACAACACAACACAGAUUGAUUAUGAGUUGAUGGUGAAGAUUGAUGGUGCAAAAUGAAAUCCAAAAAAGAGGAGAAAAUCAUGAUGAUGGGAUAAUUGCAAUGAUGAAGAUGGGUUUUUUUGUUGCAAAAAACUAUUGGUGAAACUUUUGUAGAUGUAGAGUAAAGACUAGUAGUAGUUUUUGAUGGGAACAGUGGGUUUUGGAUGUAUGUGGACCUAAAAAAGUGUGGUUUCUUUU